CCGUUCGAUCACUGACAAACGCUUCCAAGAGUAUGCUAUAUAUAGGGCUUUACUUCCUUUACUUUAAGAAUUUUUGAUUCUUUUCCCCUAGAUUCAGCCACAGUUUCGGAGGAGAAGAAAAUAGUCGUUCGAGAUGGCCCGUACGAAGCAAACUGCUCGUAAGUCCACAGGAGGAAAGGCUCCUAGGAAGCAGCUUGCAACCAAGGCUGCACGUAAGUCUGCACCAACUACUGGUGGUGUGAAGAAGCCACAUCGUUACCGUCCUGGUACCGUUGCUCUUCGUGAGAUUAGGAAAUACCAGAAGAGUACCGAGCUUUUGAUCAGGAAGCUCCCCUUCCAGAGGCUGGUUCGUGAAAUUGCUCAGGACUUCAAGACUGAUCUGCGUUUCCAGAGCCACGCCGUGCUUGCAUUGCAAGAAGCUGCUGAGGCAUACCUUGUUGGGCUCUUUGAGGACACUAACCUGUGUGCCAUUCACGCUAAGCGGGUAACCAUUAUGCCCAAGGAUAUCCAGCUGGCAAGAAGGAUUCGCGGUGAACGUGCUUGAGGUGGUGGUUGUGAAGAUGAAGAUGAAGAUGGGUUGCUGCGGGUGGUGUUUUUGUUGUUCAGAUUCCUUUUUUUUUUUUUUCAAUGGAUAGGGUUGUUAGGGAGUGUAGGUGUUUUACGGUAUUACCCAUUAAUUGUGAUACAGGCAAAUACUGCCAAGUGUCCGUGACUGUGUUUUCUUCCUUUUAGAAAAUUGGCUUGUAAUUGAUUUUUGGACAUGUGUGUCAUAAUGUUUCUGUUUUUAGUUUUUACCUACGGGAUGUAGUCACUUUGGAAUUGUAUUGGACAACAUUCAGUUGCCAUCUAAUCUCGUUUAAGCUAAGUUUGUUGUGCUAAUUAAACUGACCUCCCUUCUUGGUUUUGAAAUGAGAGGAUUUGAAUA